UUAUAUCUUCGAUUAAUGAGCCACUUUGUAUAUAAAUAUAUAAUCUUGCACACAUUAAGGUUAUACUCACCAUCACCUUUUGUAUCAUUGCUCUCUUUGUUCUCCCUUUUCGUGUCUCUUCAAGUAACAAGACUUUAAAAAGUCUCUUUUCCGUUAUAGCAAAAGAUGAUGCUCGCCGUGGAAGAUGUUUUGAGUGAACUUGCCGGAGAAGAAAGAAACGACAGAGGAUUGCCACCUGGCUUCCGCUUUCACCCGACAGACGAAGAGCUCAUAACUUUCUACUUAGCUUCCAAAGUCUUCCAUGGAGGUCUCCGCGGCAUUCAAAUCGCCGAAGUUGAUCUUAAUCGCUGCGAACCUUGGGAACUUCCUGAAAUGGCGAAGAUGGGAGAGAAAGAGUGGUACUUUUAUAGUCUAAGGGAUAGGAAAUAUCCAACGGGGCUAAGGACGAAUAGAGCCACUACGGCUGGAUAUUGGAAGGCUACCGGAAAAGACAAGGAGGUCUUUGCCGGCGGCGGCGGGGGCGGUGGAGGAGGAGGAGGAGCGCUUGUUGGGAUGAAGAAGACGCUUGUGUUCUACAAGGGAAGGGCUCCACGUGGCCUGAAGACUAAGUGGGUCAUGCAUGAGUAUCGCCUCGAAACCGACCUUUCACACCGCCACACGUGCAAGGAGGAAUGGGUUAUUUGCAGAGUGUUCAAUAAAACAGGAGAUAGAAAAAAUGUUGGAAUCCAUAACCAAAUCAGCUACCUCCAUAACCAUUCACUCUCCACAACAAAUCAUCAUAACCAUUAUCAUCAUCUUGAAACCUUGCCUCCUCUUCUAGAACCUUCCAAAACCCUAACUAACUUCCCAUCAGUACACUACGAUGAUACCCAUCAAAAUUACAACAACACCCUUCUCCAUGGAUCAUUAGGCCACAACGUCGACGAGCUUAAAGCCCUAAUCAACCCAGUCGUGUCUCAGCUCAACGGAAUCAUCUUCUCUCCGGGAAACAACAACGAAGAAGACGACAACUUCGGCGUCAAGACGGAGCAAUAUUCGAGCGGUGGUAAUAACGAUCUUGACGUACGAGACUACUUGGAGAAUCCUCUUUUUCAAGAAGCUAGUUACGGUCUAAUGGGUUUUUCGUCUUCUCCUGGAUCUCUUCACAUGCUAUUAGAUUCUCCAUAUGUCCUUUAGUUUCUCCAGCUGUAGAAUCUUGGUUCUUGGAUUAUAUAUUUGGCUUUUCUUUUUUUUCACCUUUUGUAAAAUACAAAUUAAUAUAACAAUUAUUAUUCCUAAGAUCCAAAGAUCUUCUGUAGAUUAGGG